AUGCACAAACUGAAACUCUGGAAAGUUAAUGUCAAGAAAAAAGAGAUCAAAGAAAAAAAUAUUUCUACCGAAGAAGACAUUGUACAAGAACUUGAUGGAAAAGAAAUGGAAUUUCAAGAAUUGUUUGAAGAAUAUUUUCAAGAUGAAUUAAAUAAUAAAAAUUUUAUAGUGACUAACAUCCACAUUAUUGCCAUCAUCCCUGUUACUGCCCUCAUUUCUACUACUGGCAAAAGGAAGACGGAAGAGUUUAACUUAGGCGAAGAAAAUAUAAGUCAAAACUUGAAAAAAGAAAGACUAACAGGUUUUGCUUCCAGAUCUACUCCCGAAUCUAUAGUGGAAUAUUUAUUGAAACAAAAGGGACUUAAGGAUGAUUUCAGUAAACCACAUAAACUUUGCGCUAAUUUAAAUAAGCUUGAAAGAAAAGGCCAAGAAGAGUCAUUUUAUGAGGCAUAUAAAUAUAUUUUGGACCAGUAUUUUAAAGUUCAACUCGCAAGAGAUAAUAAAUUGGAUUUAAACGAUAGAAUAUUCUAUCCUCUUUUCGCACUUCAAUUUGCAUCAGGAGGAGGAAAGUCUUAUUUUCUUGAUGAGUUUGCCUCUUUAAAAAAUGAAGAUCUUGAUUCUUUUAAAUAA